AUGCAUCCCCUUCCAGCAUAUUGUUUGUCUUAAAGGCUGUACACUCUUUAGGCUUCCAUUAAGUUAAGUAAAUUAGCAACUGAAUUAAUUAUUUAAGGGCCGUGUGAUGCUUUUGAGGGGAUAAUCUUUGCUUACUGUGUCUUUAAAGUCGUGCAGAGGGGAGCCUACACUAAAGAAAGGAGGGGGGUACUGUGCGCCAGUUGGAGGUGUCUGCCUGUCGCAGCGGCUUGGGACUGACAUUAAGAAGAGCACGUCCAUGCUUCAGCUGGGAGGUACAUCGCAGUUUGAAGGCAUUGGAAUUGCAGCCGACCCAAGCAAAUACUAAUCGGACCGAGGAUUAAUGGAUGGACAGAGAAACGCUGCUGUCGGUAUUAAGUUGUCAGCCGAUACGAGGAAUUUCUAGAUGUAAUGGGGAAUACGACUCCUAAACCUUUAAUAGAUGCGACUCUGCAACCCCGUCCGGUGGCUAGCAGGCAGUACUACACCCUGCCUAACAAUGGGUCGGGUGUAGAGAGAAGAGCAUCUGCUCCUCCAGUUAGCAUCAGCUUGGAGUCAACCCGCUUUCACCCCCAUGCCAAAGGCAAGAAUAUCAGGCUGGAUGGGCAGCUUCGCCGUGCCACUCGCAAGAACAGCUUUUGCAAUGGCAUCACCUUCAGCCACCGCCCUGUUCACCUUUAUGAAAAGGUGCGUCUGCGCUUGACUGCUGUGCACACUGGCUGGAGUGGAGCUCUGCGCUUUGGUUUUACCAGUCUGGAUCCCAGUGAACUUGUUGCCACUGACAUCCCCAAAUAUGCUUGUCCAGACCUGGUGACACGACCUGGUUACUGGGCCAAAGCUCUACCUGAGAGACUGGCCUUGAAGGACAAUGUAUUAGCCUUCUGGGCUGAUCGCCACGGAAGAGUUUUCUACAGCAUCAAUGAUGGAGAGCCGAUCCUCUUCCACUGUGGACUCAGCAUUGGCUGUCCACUCUGGGCCAUUAUAGAUAUCUAUGGCAUCACUCAGGAGGUCACGCUGCUUGAUAGCACAUUUGCUGAAAGUGUGGGGUCCAGCUGCCUGAGUGCAGCCCGUUUGAGUGCCUAUCUGCCCCAGAGCAGCCACGAUUCAGCCAAUUACAGCAACAAUCAGCUGGAAAACAACCAGGCUGCUGCCAAGAUGGCAAACCUGCAGCUCAACAACUACACUCAGCUCAUCCCCUGCUGCUCCUCCUCCUCUUCCUCCUCAUCCACACAAUCCUCUUCUGUCUCCACCGCAUUCCCAAGAAUGGUCCGGGGCCUUCCUUCCCUGCUUGACAAUGACUUGCACUUUCACCCCGUUCGUGGCUCUGAUGUGAUACUUUCUGCAGACCGUUCAGCCGCCUGCAUCCAUUUUCUGGACAGCAGUCGGACUCUGGUAUUCAGUGACCGGCCACUGCAUGUAGGUGAGACUUUGUAUGUAGAGGUCGGCCAUCUGGGCCUGCCUUACUUUGGGGCACUUUCAUUUGGCCUAACAUCCUGUGACCCAGCUUGUCUGCAUGCUGGAGACCUGCCAGCUGACCCUGAGGUUCUCCUGGACCGGAAGGAGUACUGGGUGGUGCAUCGAGGCUUUCCCAUGCCCUGCUCUGGAGAUGUGCUCAACUUCAGCCUGCUGUCCAGUGGAGAGGUGCACCACGGGGUGAACGGAGUGGGGCGUGGCAGGCUGCUCUGUGUGGACUCCUCCCAGGUCCUAUGGGCCUUUUUCACCCUGCAUGGGGCUGUCAACAGACUCAGGAUACUUGGAACACUGCAAUCCAGUCCUCCCCCCACGUCCCCCACCACCUCCCAGAGCAGCAGCCCAGAUGACAGUGACUCAGACCUGGCAUUCAGCGUCAACAGAUCCUCCUCUGCUUCUGAAUCCUCUCUGGUGACUGCGCCCAGCUCCCCUCUCAGCCCCCCCACCUCUCCGUGGCUCCCUGCCUCAGAGCUUCCCUCUGCUGGGAAAAACGGAGAAUGCACCAUUUGCUUUGACCAAGAAGUGGACACGGUUAUCUACACCUGUGGACACAUGUGUCUCUGCAACGAAUGCGGCCUGAGGCUGAAGAGGCAAAUCAACGCUUGCUGCCCGAUUUGCAGGAGGCCCAUCAAAGAUGUUAUCAAAACGUAUCGGCCAUGAUGGCUUGGAUGUUUAACCAGGUGCAGUGGCUUCCACUGCUGGAUGUCACUACAUGUUGACCCUUCUCAGGCUUUGCUGGACAUCAAUCUUGAUCCCUACCAGAGAUUAGCCGCACCAGUACAUUGCUGUGCCUCUUUAGAUUCCCAUUUUAUAUGGGCGAAUCCAACAUGGAGACAAACUAGACUCUUUAUACUUAAAAUCAAGAUGACGUUCAUCUUCAUACGUCGGUUGCACACUUGAGCACCUGUACUUUGGCAAAGAAGGAAGGGAUGAAACACGAUCAAUUUUGUAUUUUCUACAUGACUUUCAUGUCACUUGUAUUUGUUGAGCAGAAAGGCCUGCUGUGAAUAUUUUGUCUGUACCGUCUCUGUUUUAGAUUUACAUGUGCUUCAGCAGAAUAUGAGGACCAUCGUCUCUGACGUCUAGUGCCUUAGAUUUUUGUCACGUUAUUUAUCUGAGUAAUUAUGCUAUCAAUCCUAGCCAUAUUUUUAAUGUACUCUACUGAAAGUUAGUGAUGAAUAAGGCACACAAAUUUAUAAAUUUAUGCAAUAAUAGUUGUAACGGUAAGUAGAAAGAAGGCUGCAGCUGUAUGUAUGUCCAAUGUUGUGCUUUAAGAAAGUUGUGGCUGGAAAAUGUCUUUAAAAAGGAAGAAUCGGGUUUUGCACAUUGAGAGAUUAAUAAAUGUGGUCUGAAUAAAGUGUGUCUGGUUUUGGUAAAAGUCUAGAAGGUUUCGAAAACCCCCCAGGAUGUGCACCAAUAUUUAGGAUUAGAUUGUUCAUUUACCUGAACAAUAUGAAACAUUUUUUUGGUGUGUGUAUUAAUAUAAACUGUAUAAGACAUAGAAAUGUGCAUUUAAAUUACAUUUUUGCAUUAUUAUCAUGGCAAAAGCUGACCCUAGUUUCGACAAUGUAUCUAAAAUCAAGAAAUUUCAAGAGAAAUGGUGAUAAUUUGUACAAUAAAACAUUUUAGAUUUGUACUAUAAAAUUAUCCUUUUAACAUAAUUUUAAUAUUUUGUUAUUUUUAUGUUAGUUA